GGAGGCUGCUGAAAACGUAACCCUAAUUGACAUUGAGAUACAUUCAUUUCUUCUCCCCUUCGCGCAGCAGCCAGACACGAGGAAGAAGAGCCAGUCGCCGUUCGCGGGUCCCCCGUCGCCGUUCGCGGGUCCCCCGUCGCCGUCUCCGUUCGCGAGUCCCCGUCGCCGUCUCCGUUCGCCAUCAGCACGCUGCUGCUUUCCUCACGCGCACCCAGAUUCUCUCCUCGACCGAUUACUCCGUCACCGCCGGAUCUAACCUCUGCAUCGUCACCGCCGGCGCCUGCCAGAACCCGGGAGAAUCCAGGCUCAAUCUUCUUCAGCGGAACGUCGGCCUCUUCAGGUACCGGUUCUCAAACGGUUUUUAAACGGUUUAAUGCCGGCUGGAUCACUAAUGAUCGAGCCGUUCACGUUACCGGGUCAUACUUCGACUCGGUUUUGACAGCAUUGGUUGAGUUAAAUGGAGGCAGGAUUGACAGAGCAUAGUGACGAGAAGGGUGAAGAAGAGUAUGUACUACUUGACCUUGAUGCGGUCAUGGAGCACGUUAGCAUUCGGCCAGAUACGCCAUAUGUUCUUACUGUAAUGCUUCACUCAUGGUCUGGACACGUUGAACCCAAUGCUGAUUAUAGAUGGCAAAGUGAAGCUGGUGAGUUGCUACUUAUUGGAGAAUAUGAAGAGACAAUAGGAACUUGCUUGGUUUUCUCAGAAAAUGAGGCCCCUGUCCUGCAUAAAGAGACUGGACCAUCGGAUGCGAAUCUCUUCUCAGGGAGAUGCAUAGUGGAUCCAAAUCAAGUACCGUCCAAGGAAGUGAAACCGGUUGCUCGUCUUCAAAAGGUCCUCAAGUUUAGGUUGUUGCUAGAUGGUGUAGAUGAUGCUCAACAAGAUCACCCAUCAACUGAAGGAAAUGCUUCGAACCAAUCAACAGCUGCUCAAAACUGAAGGCGAGAAGUUGAUAUGAUUACAGCAGCAAAACCUACUUACGGGUAAUCAUGUGAAGAAUAACCUGUUAACUUUGAGCUUUUAUGUGAAUAGAACUGGGUUGAUGGUUUUUUAUGUUCUAAAGGUCUCGCCUUCACCGUCACUUUCCUCUCAAGUAACCGUUAUAAUCGUUACUUGAGAGAUAGGCCAUCAUCCAUGUAGUAAGUAACUUGGUUGCCGUGUUGGUGAGACGCGUGAGAGUGUCCUUUUGGGUAUAGGAGAAGGGGACGUCACAAGAACCUCUGAUGGCCAACAGAUUGAUUCGAGUCGAACUCAUGGGAGCCAUCAUGACCUUGUACUCUGUCUCCAACGUGUUUGAGGUUUCGUUGGUUUCACCCCCAAGUGGAACCUCCAGAGAGCUCCCCCGGAUAUCUCGAUUUGUCCUUCAGCAAGGAAUGUAAUGCCAAUAUUUAUAGUCGUCACUCCUAGCUUGAGGGAUACAUUGCCAGUCUUGGUGUCUGUGUAGGUAGUCUUCACUCUCACUAGUAUCAAUACCCGCGGCUACGCCGCAGGAGGGAACAUAGCCUUAUAUUUAAAAGCAAUAUAUUGAUAACAGGUGAAACUCUUUAUUUCA